CCCACAAAACCACACCGGAAGUGUGAGAUUCAUCCAUUAUUGCGUGUUGAAGGUCAGAGAAUCACCUCGCAGUCGCAGUGGGGGGGUUUAUUCCUCCAGACCAGUAGCGCAGAUGGUGAAACAGCUUCGUGUUGCGCAGCUUUAAUUGCUGUUUGACCUCAGCCCGUCCUGUUCAUUCCGCCUGUCUGGAAGAUGCGCACCACCCUUUUGUCAAACACUAGCCGCAUCUCCACCGGUGACACCUGCUGGACAAUGCCUGUCAUUGCAGCCCGGGCCGGUUCUAACACGCCCAUCCGCGACUUGUUUCUUCAGCCCGUUUCGAAAGGAGACCCAGCAGCCGACAUGAAUCAUCCAGACCUACAUUAAAGCCGCUGGAUGAUGCUGUAGACGGAUACGGCGGUUAUUUAAUACAAUGGCUGCUGCUUAUCGUUGCUCGUCUUUGUCAGAUCCUCCCCAUCCCUACGCGGAGAGUCCGCCCCCUCUCCUCCGCUCCCGUCGAGCGCAUCCAGCAGUGGCAGCAGACCUGCGGAGGUGAAGUUAAAAACUUUAUGCAUUUAUCAUUUUUGUUUGCUUUCCCCCCCCUCCUUUUCCCAUCUGAAUACGAGGUUCUGAGUCGCAAAGUUAUCCUUAAAGUGUAUUGUUACCGUGGAUACAUGCGCAAAUACAUCCUUCUCGGGAGGUAAACGGCGGUAUUUGCUCAACAGAGCCAGCGCGCGUUGGGCGUUCUCACACCUGUCCGCCGAGGGAAAGCAGCAACAGGAGGAGGAGGGGAAAGCAUGAUCGACCUGAGCCACCUGACGGAGGAGGAGCAGGAGGCGAUACUGACGGUCCUGAAGAGGGACGAGGAGCUGAAGCGGGCCGAGGAGGAGAGAAUCAGGAAACUGGAGAAGGUUCUGGACAGCGGGUCUCAGUCAGAUGUGAAGCUGAAGUACCUGUCGGGGGAAUGGUUCUACGAGGCCAAGUCCCAAAGACACAGCGACAAAAUCCACGGAUCAGAAAUCAUCCUGGCGUCCAUGAAGCAAGGGAAGCCGGCUAGUUUGGACGGGUCCGUUCGAGUGGAGAGAAACAAAACGCCCAGCAGCCGCAGCUCAGACGCAGCGCCUCCUCCAAAACCUGCCAGGUGUUUCGAAUCCUCACAACCACCGGAGACGAAUGACGCUGAAAAGGAAAAUCGAUACUCAUCAGUUCGUUCCCCCAAAAUGCCGAGACACAACCCCUUUAAUCGAGCUUCCCUCAUUGUUGUUGAGCCUCCUGAAAAUAACCAUAACACGGCCCCCCGUCUGGACCAAGAGACGCAGGAGUCAGAGGCAAUUUCCCGGCGGAAGAAUGCCCCGGCGGGGGAGUCCAGUCAGACCUCGGGGGGCUCCGUCACAUCAGAAAGCUCCUCCACGGGCUUCAGGCCCGUACCGAAGAAGAGGACGUUCCUGCCUCGACGCGGCAGCCAGCGGGGGUUAAACGCUCCGGCGAGGCCCGCGGCCAUUGUGCCUGCCCCGCGACGGAGCCGCCAGCUGGGAUCCAGCGGGAGCUCAAACCAGUCUGGCCUGAAGAUUACAGAUGAAACGCCUCAGGAAAGUGUUUAUGCACCGGUCACGGGUUCUGCGCCGACGUCCACAGCGGCAGAUAGAAGUUCCCUGCAGCCACUCAGUGCUGUAUCUCAGGUUUCCUCCAAUUCAAGUCUGGAGAUGGACAAGAAUUCAGCAUCAACAACAAGAGAGCGACCGGCUGCUCACUCUGGGACUGAUGUGAGCGCUGACGGAGAAACGCCACAGCAGUGGGUCGAAGCCCGAGACGAUCGAAGAGAGCGCGCGACCUUGAGCAUUCUCAACCUACCGAGUGAUAAAGUUCAGGACAGAGACACGAGCAGCAGCGUGGGAACAGCAGGGCGGCAGGAGGAGAUGAGUUUACCUCCAAACACACUGGAUCCCAUCCCUCCUAUGUCAUAUGAUCUCCACUUCAUUGACAAAUCCAAUCAGCAAGCUCAGAAGCCCAAUCAGAUGACUGCUUUCAAACUGUCCUCUCAGACAACGAGCCCCACUGGUGAAGAGGACGACUCCAUAGCAAAGGUGCUGGACUGGUUCAACCGCAGCACAGACAGCAGCGACUGGCUGAACUCAGAAGACACUCUAAAGGCCUGCACAAGCUUUGACAAGCACGCGUCUGUCAGCAAAUCAAGGGAGGAAGAGUCAUUCGACAGAGGGACCAGUGAAAGAAAGCUAGAUAGAUCUGAGACGACAACAAAGCUCAACAAUGAGCUCAACAGAAAAGGAAGCAAGGAGACGCUCGAUGCUCAACAUCUGCAUUCACAGGACAUUAGGGAUUGUUGCGAUGAAAGCAGGCCGUUGAAAAUUUCUCAUUUGAAAUCGUUCUGGGAGAAAAGCAACGCGGGCCCAAAGAUACUUAUCAGCAAAUCCGUGACGCCAGCCGACAGAGUAAACUCAGCUCAGGGUUUUGCAGUCAAAGAACCUGAUGUACACUUUGUUCCUGGAAAGUACAGUGGAAAGGGGCUCUAUGAUAAGUACACCCCAGAUCAAAGUGUUGAAAGCGAGCAGCAGCCACUCAACAACCAAAACAUGCAAAUGGUGAACUCUAUUCAGUCAGAAGCACCCGAAAAGUACAAUAAUGACUCUACCCAUUUGAAGUUAAUAUCCAAUCUACAAGCCGCCAACAGAAGAGUGUUGGAAGGAGAAGGUUUACUUGCAAACAGACCAAACCCAUCAGAGAGAACAAUCAUAGAUCAAGAGUUUGAGAGUGAUUCUGUGGCUAAACCAGAUGGCAUUUCAGGAUCUAAAGAAAUGUUCUUGCAAGACCUUCUGUCCAAGACCGCUCCUGGAUCUCAGCUGGAUCCAGACCUCUCAACAAAGGUCGGCUUAGAGUCGGAAAAUUUCAGUUUGUCCAGAAAUGGCUCGUACAUGGAUGAGAAUGGAGGGCAACUCACCACAAAAGCCAAACUUCACAGAGAUUCGGUUGAAGAUGUGAGAAGGAGAGACGGUGAGGAUAAAAACUUACACUCAGGCUCGUCUCCCAAAGGAAAAGAUGAUCCAGCCACCAAGGACAGGGCCGGCGGUUCAUACUCAAACAAGCAACCAUCGCAACACCAGGAAAGCACAGCGGAGAGAAUAAAGCAGCUGAAGUCCUUUUGGGAGCAGGAGCUUAACAAGCCAAUGUUCUGCAACGGCAAACCUAAAGGUCCUGGAGAGGGCAAAGUGACCCGUGGUGUGAAUCAAACAAAACUGAUGAAGAGAUUCACGAAGUCCGAGUUUGACUUGAGAUCAAUUGGAAAUGAUUCGGGAAGCGACGAGGAAGGUAGUAACAAGAAUCCCCAGAAUUUUACGGUUCUACCAUUGAAUCAGAGGUUAGACAAGAUGAAUCCAAGUCUUGGAACGAGUCGUGCCCAGUUUAACUUUCUGCGAGAGUUCUGGGACGAGGCUACUGCUGACUCUAAGGCGUCUUUAACCUCUGACAAACCUAAAAGCCCCAAAAGGAAAGAGCCCCUCCGUUCCCAGCUUUCAUCCCAGGAUUUAAAGUCUGUUGAUGCGGAGAUUUAUCAUGUAAGUACUGCUCUUGAGAAAACAAGAGGAGCUGCCAUGAAGUCGUUUCCUUCUCCCCAGAGGUCGAAGUCUCCACAUGAUAAACAGGUUGGAUCUGGAUCAAAGCUACAAAGUGACAACAAAAGUAACUUGCCCAGUUACACGCAAGCAGAGACAGGGAAGCAAAAACAGUUCAAAAGGAGUGCAAAGGACGUCAGUCGAGAAGAGAAGUCCACAAAGCCACAAAGCGGCAUAACCAAAGACAGUCGGUCUCCGAAAAGCAGAAAGGACAGCUUCUGCAUCUCCAGCAGCCGUGGAAGUUCUCUGCGCCGCGCCACGAGCAUGUUCGCUCUGAGCGUAGAUGAGGAAAAAGAUCCAACCCAACUGAGAGUAGACCUCAGUCCUCUCCGGUCUCAGAGCAGGAAACACAGGCAGCUCGAGCCAGAGUUUGUGAUUCCACGAGCACGGGCUUUCGUCCCCACAGACUACCGCCACUACCUGGGGAUGACGGACAAGACCAGCGUUCACACCACGCUCGCGCUCGCGUUGAGCGAAGACGCCGCAGAGGUGAAGUCCAUGUACGAUCUUGAUCUGAGUGAACCAGUGGGGGCGAGCACACCGUUGAGCUCAGAGGAGCGUCAUGGCAGGAAGACGACCAAGACAAGCCAGCGGCCGGUUUGGGCAAACUACAGCAGUUCAGACACAGGCCCAGAGUCGUCUGUCAGCAGUACGUCAGAAACAUGGUCCAACAUCUGGAACAGUUCGAAUCCAGAAGGAAACGAUGAAGACGAGCAAAAUCCGGUCAGAAAGGCGCUGCGGCGAGCGGAGGCACGGCCUAAAAGUCUGGCUAAAAGCAUGGAGGACAUCACCGCAUCCGCAGCACCACGACAAGAAAGGAGGGCUGACCCGGCUGCUGACCUCAGGCGCAGCAGUGAAGUUUCAGCCAUCUCCACUCCUUCCUCCUCUUCUUUUUCGGAUCCGGACCACUUAAAGAAGAUGAGCAAAUCCGUCCCGUCGUUCUUACAGAAGGAGGUAAAGCUUUCCCCGACUGAAGAACGAACCCUGCACCGCGUUCAGCCGCACAAGGCUUUCCUCCCCUGCGGUCCGUCUGUGUUUCAGGAGCGCGGCAUUGACACCGACUUCUGCGAAGGCAGUAACCCUCUAGAAAGACUAACAGCGGGCAGCUCAGCGACUAUCCUGAGCAGCUCCUCUGGCAUGACGUCUGUGUCUUCUCUGAGUGGGAGUGUGAUGACCAUGUACAGCGGCGAUUUUGUGGAGGUUCAGGGAACCAUCCAGUUCUCCAUCAACUACGUCCAAAGGCUGCGGGAGUUUCACAUCUUUGUGGCAGAGUGCCGCGACCUGGCCGCAGUCGACCCAAAGAGGAGCCGCUCCGACCCGUACGUCAAAAGUUACCUGGUUCCUGACAAAGCCAAUCUGGGAAAGAGGAAAACAUCUGUAAAGAAAAAGACACUGAAUCCGACUUUCAACGAGAUCCUCCGGUAUCGUGUUCGCAUGGAGUACCUCAGGACACAGACGCUCAUUCUCUCCGUCUGGCAUCACGACACUUUUGGGAAGAACAGCUUCCUGGGCGAGGUGGACGUGGAGCUCUCCAAGUGGGACUUCGACCACACCCAGAUGAAUUACUUGGCGCUGAAAGCCAAGACUCUACCGUCGAUUGCGCCGCUAAGCGGGCGGGGAGAGAUGAGACUGGCAAUCCGCUACCUGCCGCAGGUCACCCACAGCGAAGGUUUACCCAGAGAUGUCUCCAGCAGCGGAGAGAUUCACAUUUGGGUGAAGGAAUGCAAGAACCUCCCUUUAAUCAGAGCCACCAUCGACCCGUACGUCAAAUGCUUCGUGCUGCCGGACACGAGCAGGAAGAGCCGCCAGAAGACGCGCGUCCUGCGGAGGACCGUGGAGCCGGUGUUCAACCACACCAUGGUGUACGACGGCAUCGGCGAGGCCGAUCUGACCGAGGCCUGCGUGGAGCUCACGGUGUGGGACCGAGACCGACUCGCCAGCAACCUGCUGGGGGGGCUGAGGCUCGGCGCCGGAACAGGAAGAAGCUACGGCGCUCUGGUGGACUGGAUGGAUUCCGGCCCGUACGAGGUGGCGCUCUGGGACCGCAUGAUGGCUUCUCCCAGUGAAUGGGUGGAGGACGUGCUGCCGCUGAGAAUGUUAAGUUCUGCCAGAGCAGCUCUAAAAUAAAAUACACCCGACUGCUGCAGGAAGUAUUUAUUUCCAUUGACAAAAACCUGGUUAAAUUAUUGUGUUAAGCUGAAAUAGUAACAGCAACCUUACAUCUAAGUUUGAACAAUUUGACUUUAUGAUGCAGAAAAAGCAAACUCUCCUUCUGUAGUAAGAUUGUGAGACAAAUGUUGGCAAAAUGAAGGAUAUGGACACUGACGUCUCUUCAUAUUAAAGGUUAAAAGAGCUUUUUGUUGUAUUUUAUCGGAGAAGUUUAAAGCUUUGGCUGUGAAAUUAAGUUUUCACAUUUUUAUGCAAAGAAUCCUGAAAUACACUGGGUUGGGAAUUUGGUUAUUUUUAACCCUUGCAAUGGGGACUCCUUAACUUUGAGUACUAUGUUAUAGAUAUUCCACUUUGAGUCAUGAAAUUUAGGAAAGUUGCAUUUAUAGAGUCGCCUUAUAUGCUGAUGUUUCCAAAGUCUGCAACCUACACCCCAUAAAACCACAACCUGUUGUUUGAUACCAAUAAAAUUCACAAUUUCCUAUCUUA